ACCCACCACCCGAGGCACCAUUGUCGCGCGCAGCAGCUCGAUUGUAGCCAAGUGCGGUGUAUACUUGUGUGGAAGCCGGCCAGCGAGAGAGCCCAGAUGCUUGACGGAAGAGAGGCGGAGCUUGGAGGUGGACCAUAGCACGCACGGUGCUCCCUCUUCGUUCUCGUUGUGGGGAAGAGGGCGAUGGAGUGCAGGAAGAUGAAGCCCGUCCUUGCUCUCGUGCUGCUGCUGUCGUGCCAUCUUCUUCUUCCGCUGGUCUCCUCCGUGCCCGUGUCGAGAAGCGUGUCCUUGGAAAAUCAUCAAGCCUCAGCUUCAAGUCUGACUCCGGAGGCGGUGCCUGUUCAGGGCGUGGUGACCGUGGCCGCGGCCGCUGAGGAGCGAAGCGUCGUCGGCGAAGUGGUGGCGCGGAUGGACAUCGAGGUCAACGACUACCCUGGAUCCAGCGCCAACGGCCGCCAUGAGCCGCCCAGGGGCCCCGGGAGGGGGUGAAGUCGACCUGCGGAGCCUCCGUGUAUAGGGAGAUUAGUAAUGGGUCUAGCUAGUCUAGUCUAGAUAGCACUGUUGGUGGUGAGUCCAACGGGUUAAACAUGUCUCUGCUAACUCUCGAGAGAAAGGACGGAGCCAUUUUAACUACUCCUAUAGUAUAUGCGUGUGCCUCUAUGGUCUAUGCCCAUGUUUUUCUUUUCUUUUUCUGAUUGAGUAUGGCCACGUGUGUCUGUCAAUUUGCACUCAGUGACACGAAAUGAACAGGACCGAGCGGGCAGAAUUCUA